CCUCCAAAUCACAGCACAAUGAUCGCCAUAGGCCUAGAAGGGAGCGCCAAUAAGAUAGGCAUAGGCGUAAUAUCCCAUCCAGGGCCCGACCAACCACCCCUCAUUCUCUCAAAUCUCCGACACACCUACAUUUCCCCGGCAGGCGAAGGCUUCCUCCCCAAAGACACAGCGAUACAUCACCGAGCAUGGGUAGUGCGGCUGAUAAAGCAAGCGGUGCGACAGGCUGGUGUCAAGAUUGAGGAUAUCGAUUGUAUAUGCUACACCAAAGGACCGGGGAUGGGCGCGCCAUUGCAGAGCGUUGCGCUGGCAGCGAGGACAAUCAGUUUGCUUUGGGGGAAGCCGAUAAUUGGUGUGAAUCAUUGCGUUGGACACAUCGAAAUGGGUCGCGCAAUAACCCACGCCACCAACCCCGUUGUCCUGUACGUCUCAGGCGGCAACACACAAGUAAUCGCGUACUCUGCGCAACGAUACCGUAUCUUCGGCGAGACCCUCGACAUUGCAAUAGGGAACUGUAUAGAUCGCUUCGCUAGGACACUUAUGAUACCGAAUGAUCCGUUUCCUGGGUAUAAUGUUGAGCAGUUGGCAAAGAAGGGGAAGAAUUUAGUGGAUCUGCCAUAUGGAGUUAAAGGUAUGGAUGCGAGCUUCUCGGGCAUUCUCGCAGCAGCCGACCUACUAGCAAGGGGGCUAGAUGAAAAGCUACCGCUUGAGAAACGAUUAGUGACGGAGGAGGGGGAGCUGGUCACGCGAGAAGAUAUGUGUUUCUCCCUGCAGGAGACUAUCUACGCCAUGCUCGUCGAGAUCACCGAGCGCGCCAUGGCACAUGUUGGGUCACAGCAAGUGCUCGUAGUAGGAGGUGUGGGUUCCAACGAAAGAUUACAGCAAAUGAUGGGCAUCAUGGCGAGAGACCGAGGAGGCAGUGUCUUUGCGACAGAUGAGCGGUUUUGCAUUGACAAUGGAAUCAUGAUUGCGCAUGCGGGGCUUUUGGAGUAUGGCACGGGCGUAGUGACGGGGCUGGCGGAUACAACGUGUACGCAGAGGUUUAGAACAGAUGAAGUGUUUGUGGGGUGGAGGGAUUGAGGGUGGUACGAGGGUGGUUUGUGAUGAAAAUGAGAUAAGAUACCCACUUCCAACGUUAAUCAAACUUGGAAUCGAUUUGAUAACAACAAUUGCUCCGCACCGCUUCUAAUUUGAG